AAUCUUGACCUUUAACAGACGCUUGUUAAUUAAGAUUAUAUACUUUUUAAAUAGUAAUGUGAAUGAUUAAUGUUAUUAGUGUAUCAGCAAACAUGAAACUAGCGACCGAAAUAUUCCUUUGUAUAGCCAUUUUUGCUAUAGUGGCAAACGGGACAAUGAAAUCCUCAAACAUAGAAUAUCACAACUUUCAUUAUGAGUGUCAAAAUGCUACAAGUGCAGAUCCAAAACAAAUAGCUAUGGUACUUACAGGUGCUAAAGAAGCUGGCCCAAUUGAUGGACCUUACUUGUUGUGUUUGCACAAGAAAUAUAACAUUCAAAACGAUAAUGGAGAUAUAAAUUUGAAAGGUUUAAGAGCGAGUUUAGAUCUGUUCUACACAGAGGACAAAACUAACUUAGUUAUGGAUAAUUGUGCAAAUCGAAAGGAGGGAACUACUCCAGAAGAAGCAGCUAUAGAACUUCUGAAAUGUUGUUUAAAAUACGUUAAAAUACCAGCUCCAGAUCCUAACAUACUUAAAUAACCUGUCUACAUUUAAUAAAAAUUUAUUUAAUUAAUAACGAAAAUUACUUUUUUAUCUUA